AUGGCACAGACUGCAACUCCAGCUGAUCGAUGUGCACCAGUCGCCCCUGUCAUCUCGGAGGGUGUUGUCUUACCACCAUGGAGUGAAGUUAUCAGCUUUGGUCGAAUAUACCUAGAGUUUGUGGAAAACCAGCCCUUUCCAAUGUUCGAGAGUGACUCUUUCAUUUCAAGCCUGGAGAGUCGCAGCUCUGAACUUAUCUACGCGCUGGUAGCGAUAGCUAUUCACUUCUCUCGGGAGCCGAUAUCGCUCGAGGUUAAGCAGGAGAGGUCAAAGGGUUAUUCGGACACUGCGCAUGUUCUUGCAUUCGCCCGGGUUUCGGGUAGCAGGGUGGAGCUUUCUACCAUCCAGACACUUCUUCUGUUGAGUCAUCUUGACAUACUUUGUGUGUCUAUCUACCGUGCAAACCUCCAAAAUUAUGCUGAUUACCUUUUAGGCGGCAACCGAGAGCAAUUCGCGAUUCACGCCAAUUUAGGAUUAACACUGGUUCAAAACGCAGUCUCAAAAAAACUUCAAACCUCAUCUUUAACCGGCUCGUCUGACGAAGAACUAAUCAGAUGCUCGUGGAACGCGAUACUUGUUCAGAACUUCUACACUGCCGCCGAUAUGACGAGCUUUGUGGAGCUUGUUCCGCGAUUGCCAGCCAGUCGUUCCAUACCACAGAGCAUGGUUCAGGGAAUUUCUAUUCCGAGGCAUAUCUUAAGUGAUCCCCAGCAGGGCAUCAUGGCGGUUCUCAUCAAUCUAAGUUCAGCGUGGUCCAAAAUGUGCAUAUACGUACGAGGACACGGCAGACUUGGCUCUCGUCCGCCACAAAUUCAUCGUUUCAAAUCAGUCAAAAUGGAGCAGCUUGGGCUGAAUCGGGAAUAUUGGGCACCGUGGUUUCUUACCCGUUUUGUAUACCACACAAUUGUGUGUCUCUUGAACCACCCUUUGAUGAUUAUGAUGCAAGUACAAGGGUAUGACCAUGUACCAGAGAUAUACCUACAACAAACAUCAUUUCUGAUUUCACAUCAUACGCACUGGGUGAAGGAUCUUCUUUCAAUUGUCGAAUCAGAAGAUCUCGGUUUAACAGACCCUUUGGCUGGAUAUUGCGUUGCCGCUGUUGCAACCAUCGAGCUGCACCUGAGCUUUUCUACAGAUGCCAGUGUCAGGAAAGAAAAGCGGAAGAGAUUCAUCAAAUGUGUCGAGUUUGUCGAAAAAGCCGGCGAGGUCUGGCCAGCCAUGGCUAUGAUGGUCGUCAAACUCAAGAAGCUCGAAGAAUCACUUAUUGCAUUACGCCAAGUCGCUUUUGAAAAUGACGGAAGUAUCUGUAUGGACCUUGAUCCCCUUUGGGAUAUACUCGAUAUACGGAAUAUUGGCACCGAGAGUCAACACGACAUGAAUGGCGUCUCGAUAUCAACAUCCCGGUUUCUAGAGUUAAAUAUCCCGCCUGCAGUCACCCCAGCGCCAAGUUCGAGCAAUCACAUGUUGAAUAUUGGGCAAAAUUUGAAUGAGCCUUCUAUUAUGGGUCGGACGGAAUCAAUUCGCUCGCCUAUAGGUGUUUCUAAUACGGAGGUUGAUGAUAGCCUUCUGAUUUCCCCAACGCAAUUUUUUGACUUGGAGCCCUUCGAGCUAGGUGACUUCAAUGAAAUCUGGAAUAUAUAG